CUUCUGAGAUUGGCGGGUAACCUAGCAACGCAGGUACCACCAAAGGUAAUCGGGUAGAGAAACCUGGAUCCCUCAGAGCAGGUCCUGAUGGUUCUUCCUCCUUUGGAUUUUCAUUGGUUUGAACUGCGUCUGUAGCCGCCCUCCGCUGUACAGGGGCUGAGGAGAAUAUCUAGGGACACUGCAAGCAGGAGACCCGUCUAGUCUGCCAACAUCUCGAUCUCCCGGGGUGGACGGAGACAGAGAAGGCCGAUCGCACAAUGGCUUCAGACAUCCUCUCCAUGGGUGCUGUCUACCAAGGCCUUGACGUGAACAGAAUGAGGCUGAUGACAGAGCCGUCCAAAAAGCCAACCUCCCCGCUGAAAGCCUUGGUCCCCUCUAAGACCAAACUCACCACGAUCGAGACCAAGAGGAUCAUGUCCGUACUGGACGAGACCAUCCACAAGGUGCAGCUGGUGACCCUCCUGUCCUAUGUGACGUCCGACAGUGAAGACCUGGAGGGCAUGCUGGGAAAGGACACCGCGAGGGCCGUGAGAGAGCACAAAGACCUCUGCAAGGACCUCCUGGACAGGGUCAGCUUCCUGCAGGAGGAGCAGCGGCGGGUGCGGGAGGAAGAGUUUGAGGACGAGCCGUGGAUCCGAGAGCACCUCCUGUCCCUCGAGCAGCAGAAAUCCCACCUCCCGCCGCUGAUGGAGCAGAUCAAAGCAUCCACCAGGGACGUCCUGAGGCUCCUGCUCAGCAACCCGCAGGCGGCCGGGCUCCUGCAGAUGCGGACGGUGGCCAGAAGCGCGGGAGCCCAGACCUUCAUCGACAGCCUGGUGGAGCUGCGGGGUUUCCUGUUUGAGAAGCUGCUCACCGGUCCCAUGGAAGCCAGAGACAAGGCUCAGUUCCUGCAGGAUGUCACCAAGCAGAACAGAAGUAACCAGGAAGCCAUCGAUGCCCUGGAGGAAGAACUGGCGGCGAGACUGAAGGACAGAAACGCAGAGGUGGAGAAGGAGAACGCCGAGAUCCAGGAACUGAAGCACCAGCUGCACCAGGUGCUCAAGUUCUCGGAGAACAGCCUCUACCGCACCAAGCGGGAGGCCGAGAAGCAGCAGAAGGCGGACUUCCGGGCCUCCCAGGCCCGGGUGGCCAAGAUCCAGCAGGACAUCCUGCAGCUGCGGUCGCAGUUCCACAACCUGACCAUGGAGAACCGGGAGGCGGAGCAGGCGCUGCGGAAGAAGAAGUAUAAAGUGGAGACGGAAAUUGAGAACUGGAUCCAGAAAUACGAUUCGGAGAUGGGUGAAAAGCAGGAAGAGUACGAGGAGCUGGACAUCAUCCACAAGGAGGAGCGGGCCCAGCUGGACGAGCUGAAGCAGAGGCACGACGUGCUGGUGGAGGAGUUCGCCCAGAUCCGGGAGGAGCGGGAGAUCAACUCCAAGAAGCGCAUGGAGGACGAGCAGGAGCUGAUGCGCAUGGUGCGGGCCGCCACGCUCAUCCAGGCCGUGUGGAAGGGCUACCUGGUCCGCUCCAUGCUCAAGUCCAAGAAGAAGAAGCGCGGCAAAGGCAAGGCCAAGGGCAAGGAGAAGGCCAAGGGCAAGAAGGCGGCCAAGGGCAAGAAAUGAGCCCUCCUGCCCCACUCCGCAUCCAGGCCGGAAAGCCACUGGGACAGGGAGGCCCUGUCAUUAUGGUUUGAACAGUUUUUCAAAAUUAAAAACCACUUUAAACCAUACCCUAUAAAUAAACCUCAUUUUAUGCAGCG